CUCAUUUGACCCGCCCAAAAAGCAAGUCUACUCAAUGGGCUUAGUUCAGUUACUGGGCUCAAGCUUGUCGGCUACAAAACCUAUUCCACGGUUCAGAAACAUAAGACGGGCUUACCUCAUUGGAUAGAUCAGCCCAUGGGCGAUUUAUAAUAUCUCGGCCCACAAUCUAUUGCAGACAAAUCUACAUUUACAACUUACAAAUCAACUAUGGUGACUUCUUUACCGCACUCAUUGACUGUAUUUUAUACACUCAACUAUAAAGUAGUCUUAUAAUAUCGAAUUUUAGUUUUUAAUUGAUAUAACGCUGCCUUAAACCUCCUAACCUCCUAAACUAUAAAACCUUCAAAUCUAAAUAACCAUAUUCGUUCCAAAAAAAAGAAGUAUGGUCCAAAGAGGAAAGAUGAGGUGCUACGUACAAUCACGGCUAAGAUCUCAACUAGGGGUGGCAGUUCGGUUAUUUCGGUUAUAACCGGUAACCGAUCGGCUGGUUAUCGGUUAACCGAAAUAACCACCUUCUCUACCGAAAACCGAUCAAAAUAGGCUUUGGUUUCCCGUUUAUCUUGGUUAUCGGUUAACCAAACCACUUUUAAAACCAAAAACCAUUUUACCCAGCCUCCGAUAACCGACCGAAGUUCGGUUAUUUUGGUUACCGAUUAGUGGAUAACCGACCGGCCGCCCCUAAUCUCCACUGGGUUGCUCUACUAUGGAUGAGAAAGAAUCUCUCGUUUUCCUCUACUAUGCAUAUUCAUAUGCGAUAUAUGCAACGAAUCCAUUUGUCUUGCUUUCUUAACCUACACUGCCAAAAUGCACCCCACUGCCGCCCAAUGUUUACUCACAUCACAUUCUUCAAUACCAGUUCAGCUACGAUUUCGGUUCAUACCAAACCAAAAUUAUCCAGAUUCUCGCGUACCACAAAACCACCCCCGCCCCCGACUCCAAUACGAGUGGGGUGACCAACAGUACAAUGGCGUUCACAACGCGACACCGAAUCAAACUACGAUUCAAUCAGAUUAUAUAUUCACGACAUAGUUUAAUCGCAAUAUUGAACCCGGUCGAUGCGAGUUGCUAUUCGAAAUACUUUCUCUUUCAAAUAUCCGACCAGGAAUGAUAACGGUUCACGUACGAUUCAAUUCAUACCAAACCAAAUUAUCCGGAUACUACGAUUACUCAUACCCCAAAACCUCCCCCAUGUCUCACUAACUAUAUAUAACACACAUGAGUGAUAAAAAGUGAUUUAACCAACCGUUACAAAUGGCGUAUCAGCUUCUAAAACUACUACUGCUACUUGCCGCGGCAAUCCACCGCGAAACGCGAGCACAGAUCUGCCCUACUCCGCCGGACGAUGGCGGCGGCGACUUCACCUUGCUCUGCAACCCGUACGAGUUCGACGAGAGGUACUACCCGCACCACGCGCAGGAGUGGGCCCUGGACUUGACCAUCUUCGGCGGCGCCGACGUCAACCGGCUGAGCAUGUGCCUCAAAUCCCCCUUCGGCGUGGACGCCGCGGCCGGAACCCAGCUGUGGCUCGUCCACUACACGUCCUGCGAGAUCGGCACCGUCGACGACUGCGAGGCCUGUUUGGAGGACACCCGCCGGAUCAUAAGGCAGCAGUGUCCCAACCGGGCCGGAGCUCAGGCCGCGUCGGUCCGCUGCUGCGCUCGCUACGAAGUGUACCGGUUUUGCAAUGUCGUAAAUGAAUAAGAAAUUAAAACCUCUUUUGCUUUCUCUUUCGAGAGAAUCACGUUUCCAAAACCCAAUUUGCAGUAGUGUCUUUUGUAUGGAAAAUCCACUGCAGCGGGGAACAAUUUAGUUUCUUUGAUUAAACGGGACAAGGGUUU